AAUAGAAAAACCAGCAGAAGUAGGUGAAAAGCAAAGGAGUAAAGAGAGAGAGAGAGAGAAGAAAACAAAUAGGUUGCCAUAGUAUUACGACAACCACUCUUGCUCUCUCUCUACCUAAUCUACUCCCCCAAAUUACCCCCCAUCCAGGCCAAAGAUACAGCCAAACCAGAGACAGAGAGACAGGGAGUGUGAUCUCUUUUUUGCUUCUUCGUCUCCAUCUGUCCUUUAUCGAAACCCUAGCUCUUCUCUUCCCGCUCCAGCAGCCAGAUCUCGGCGAGUUCGCCGCCACGGAUCCGAGUUGCCGCGACGCCUGGCUCGGAGGACUCGUCUUUGGUUUGAUUGCGGUCGCAAUGGCGCGGUCUCGCGGUUGAUGUUAGUGUCUCGCAAUGUCGGCUUCGUUGGCGGCGCUCGAGCGCCCCAGAGUCGGGGCUUCUAAUACGGUGUUCAAGAGUGGGCCACUUUUCAUAUCUUCAAAAGGGUUAGGCUGGAAGUCUUGGAAGAAGCGGUGGUUUAUCCUUACUCGCACUUCAUUGGUUUUUUUCAAAAAUGAUCCUAGUGCACUCCCCCAGAGGGGUGGUGAAGUAAAUCUUACUUUGGGGGGUAUCGACUUGAACAAUUCAGGGAGUGUUGUUGUUAGAGAAGAUAAAAAGCUUUUGACUGUACUGUUUCCUGAUGGACGUGAUGGACGGGCAUUUACCCUAAAGGCUGAGACGUCAGAGGACUUGUUUGAAUGGAAGACUGCCCUAGAACAUGCUCUUGCUCAAGCACCUAGUGCUGCCCUUGUGAUGGGACACAAUGGAAUCUUCCGUAAUGAUACUAAUGAUUCAAUUGAAGGAUCUUUUCAUCAAUGGAGGGAUAAGCGUCCUGUUAAAUCUAUGGUAGUUGGACGACCAAUUUUGUUAGCUCUGGAAGAUAUAGAUGGAGGCCCAUCUUUCCUUGAGAAAGCUCUUCGCUUUCUUGAGAAGUAUGGAACUAAAGUAGAAGGAAUUUUGAGACAGUCUGCAGAUGUUGAGGAGGUAGAUCGCAGGGUUCAAGAAUAUGAACAAGGUAAGAAUGAAUUUAGUCCCGAUGAGGAUGCUCAUGUUGUUGGUGACUGUGUUAAGCACGUGCUUCGGGAGCUACCCUCCUCUCCAGUUCCUGCAUCCUGCUGCACUGCUUUAUUGGAGGCAUAUAAAAUUGAUGGGAAGGAUGCUCGUCUGAGUGCAAUGAGAUCUGCUAUAUUGGAGACAUUUCCUGAACCGAAUAGGCGAUUGCUACAAAGAAUUCUGAAGAUGAUGCACACAAUAUCAUUACAUGCAUCAGAUAAUAGAAUGACUCCUUCUGCUGUUGCUGCUUGUAUGGCACCAUUGCUCUUACGCCCUCUUUUAGCUGGUGAGUGUGAGUUGGAUGAUGAUUUUGAUGGUAAUGGUGAUAAUUCUGCACAACUUAUUGCUGCCGCAAAUGCUGCUAAUAAUGCUCAAGCCAUCAUAACAACACUGUUGGAGGAGUAUGAGAACAUUUUUGAUGAUGAUAGCCUACAUAGAUGCUCUAUUUCAGCUGAUUCCCGGAUUGAUAACAGUGGCAGUGAAGAUUCAACUGAUGAUGAAAAUCUGGAUACAAAGGAGAAUGGUUACCAUGGUGCUGAAAAUGAAGUGGACCCAGAUACAGAUGGUGAUCCUGAUCGCGUACUCAGUGGGAAAUUGAGUGAAAGCAGUGGCUAUGCCGGCAGUGAUCUUUAUGACUAUAAGGCUUUUGGAGGUGAUGAUUCAGAUGGUGGAUCUCCCAUAAAUAAUCUUAUAUCAGCUGAAAAAACAAUUCCACCUGUAGAUUCUCGGUCACCUCAGUCGCAUAGAGAGUCCAAUAUUCAAUUUGUUGAUCAGCAAGGCCGACAGAAACCAAAUGAGAACAAGAUUGACAGUCCUAGUGCUCUGGUUGGUAGUGAGUCUCAUCGAUCGAUGGGGGAGAUACUAUCUUCUAUGGAUCAAGGUCUACCUCAAUCUGUAGUUGGUCCUGAAUCAAGUGGUGAAAAGUCAGCAAACAAACUUACAAACUCUGCACUCAAUGUUAAGCGGUCAACAUUUUGGGGAAGAAGCACCGCUAGGAAGACCCUUUCGAUGGAAUCAAUUGAUUCUUCUGGAGAGGAAGAACUGGCUAUACAAAGACUUGAGAUUACCAAAAAUGAGCUGCGAAACAGGAUUGCAAAAGAGGCUAGAGGAAAUGCAAUUUUGCAAGCAAGCUUAGAAAGAAGGAAACAGGCUUUGCAUGACCGUCGCUUGGCACUUGAACAAGAUGUUUCAAGACUGCAAGAGCAGUUGCAAGCUGAGAGAGAUCUGCGUGCUGCUUUGGAGGUUGGGUUGAGCAUGUCUUCAGGACAAUUUUCGAGUUCUCGUGGUAUGGAUUCGAAGACAAGGGCUGAACUUGAGGAGAUUGCCCUUGCUGAAGCAGAUGUUGCCAGGUUGAAGCAGAAAGUUGCUGAACUCCAUCAUCAACUAAAUCAGCAACGUCAACAUCACUAUGGCUCCCUGUCUGAUGCAUCUGAUCGCUAUCAACUUAUCCAAAAUAAUAUUCCUCAACAGAAAUAUUUUCAGCAAGAUUUUGAUAUGACCCUUGCUUUUGUCAACCAUGAAAGGAAACAAAGAACUGAGGAGGGUUUAUUAGGUCCAGAGUUGAGGAACACUAAAGGGCAGAUGUUAACAUCCGGCAGUGGUAGCAGGCAGCCUGCUAAGAAGCAAUUCAUGGACUCUGCUAGCUUUAGUGAUUCUAAAAGUACAGAGGCAUCCACAAGUAUAUCUAUGGAUGAGCUUUGUGCUGCUGAUUCUGCCUCCAUACCUUCCACUUCAAGAGCAGCGGAGGUGUUGGAGUAUCCCCGACAUCCAUCCUCCGUAGCAUCCUCCGCUUUGGUAGAAUUAACAACCCGGCUUGACUUCUUUAAGGAACGACGUUCUCAGCUGAUGGAACAACUCCACAACCUGGAUCUAAACUAUGGUACAACAUCUUCGCAAGAUUUUACAUAUAAACCAUCAUCUCCUCCAUGGAACUGAUUGACGAUGAUGUUCAUUAUGCUGUUGAGUGGCCGACAUCUGGCAUUUGUAUAUUCCUGUACUGCUGCAUAUAUUGCGUGCCUGCAGCCCCAUGUUGGGAUUUCUCCAUUUCUUUUUUAUUUUUCUAGAUUUAACAUCCUGUCCCUUUUUUGUAGUAGAGAACUUGAUUCUGGAGCAAUGUUGGACGUUUAUUUAUUCUUGGUUGUAGAUUGUCUUUUGGUUCCUCCUUUUGUUUUUUUGGGUCUUUUGGCUUAGUGUCUUUUUGGUUGUUCCUUCCAUUUACUGUGUUAUCAACAGCGUAACGAUAGUAUUAUUCUUGUCUCUUGUCUGAUGUAUAUGAGUGGGUUUAAGUUGAGAAACUGCCGCUCGGGGACCUGUUUCUCCUUUGGGGUCAUUUGUCAAGCGAGUUAACACUUGUUUUGUAAUAUAAAUUUAUCCAUGUAAUAAUGCAAUACUAUUGCUUUGUUUU